AAUAUUUGACAAUUAAAUGACCGCGGUUGCGGUGUGGUUUCAUUUAUUAUCGACAAGAACUGUGUAUUAGAUGGUGUAAAUGACAUGAUCAACUCACAAUUUAUCAAAAGUUUAACUAAUUGUUGAUCAAAUAAUCCAACAUCAUGUGGACUGUAAAAACAUUUUUAACCAAAACAAAGCGCGGUAACAUUAUAAAAAUUGUGCGGGAACAUUAUUUGCGUGAUGAUUUGUUGUGUGGGUCCGGUGCCUGCAACACAUGUCCGCAUAAAGACGAUGAGAUCGUGUUAGAUAGUAAGCCAGAGUCAAUAUGCGCGUUGUUCGACUAUCCUCACUACUUGAUCCUGGAUACAAAUGUAGUGUUGCAUCAGAUUGACGUGCUAGAAGAAGACGCGUUGACAAACGUGAUCAUACUCACGACUGUAUUGGAGGAAGUGAAACACCAGAACACUGCAAUAUACCAGAGACUAUUGGAGAUUAUACAGAAUAAGAGGAGAAAGUUCUAUUCGUUUAUUAAUGAACAUCAUAAGGAUACCUACAUUGAAAGGGAUCCAGGUGAAAAACAAAAUGAUCGCAAUGACCGAGCCAUUCGUAAAACAGCGAUUUGGUAUGAAUCUCACUUGAAUGUAAACAGUGCAGUGGGGCAGGUCCCUAAAAUUGUGCUUAUCACUGACGAUGAAGGUAACAGAAAAAUUGCACAGGAAGAAGGCAUAAUCUGCUGUUCAAUAAAGGACUAUGUAGAAAACAUUUCCAGUGUCAUAGGCCUCGCAGAUAAAUUGUCAAAGAAUGUGAUACCAGAGACAUGUUCUAAAGAUGCUCUCUAUCCAGCACACUUGACACCAUCUCAGGUUCAUGAGGGAAUUAGGAGUGGAAAGCUUCAUCAAGGAACAUUCCGGGCUUCCAGAGAUAAUUUCUUGGAAGGUACUGCGGUGAUUAGUGGAUAUGAGAAACCUAUUCUGCUACAAGGACAUAUCGGCAUAAACAGAGCUGUAGACGGUGACUCAAUAGCCGUGGAAAUAUUCCCUGAAGAAGAAUGGAGGCGUCCCAGUGACAUUGUUCUAGAAGACAAAGCGGAAGACCCUGGUGAUCAUUUAGAAGAAGAAGAAGAGUUGUUGAAGACUGCGGAACCGGUAGACAAGAGUGAUGAUGAAGUCACUCCCACUGGUAAAGUGGUGGGGAUUAUUAGGAGAAAGUGGAGGCAGUAUUGCGGUAUUUUGAUGCCAAGCAAGUUCCCAGGAGCAACUCGUCACCUAUUCACGCCAGCCGAGAAGUGCAUUCCCCGCGUACGCAUAGAGACGCGGCAGAGCGAGGUGUUAGCAAAGCAACGCAUACUUGUUGCGUUAGAUUCCUGGCCCAGAAACAGCCGGUACCCGUUAGGACAUUUUGUUAGAGCUCUUGGACCUAUUGGUGACAAGAACGCCGAAAACGAGGUGAUAUUAUUGGAACACGACGUGCCACACGCUCGCUUUAGUGAAGCCGUCAUAGCGUGUCUGCCGCCUGACGACUGGACUAUACCUGAGGAGGAAAUAAAGAAACGUGUGGACCUACGCAACGAAUGCAUUUGUUCCGUGGACCCUCCCGGGUGCACAGACAUAGACGAUGCAUUACACGCUAAAGCCCUUCCCGGGAAGACCAGUGACGGACUCAAGCGUUACGAAGUGGGCGUCCAUAUUGCCGACGUCACGUACUUCGUGCGACCAAACACUGCGUUAGAUAAAGAGGCCGCUAGCAGAUCUACUACUGUUUAUCUAGUAGGAAGGAGGAUUGAUAUGGUUCCAGAUUUGCUAAGUUCGAACUUAUGUUCGCUACGAGGCGGCGAGGAACGACUAGCGUUCUCAUGCGUGUGGGAGGUCGAUGAAAAUGCCAACAUUCUCAGCACUAAGUUCCAUAAAAGUGUUAUUAAAUCAGCAUCAGCGAUGACAUACGAAGAGGCACAGAUAGCGAUAGACGACAAAUCCCGUAAUGACGCCAUUGUAUCGUCGCUGCGGAUACUCAACGCGCUUGCUAAGAAACUGAAUAGGAAACGUAUGGACAACGGAGCUCUGUCGCUGUCGUCGCCUGAAAUCAGGUUCCAGAUGGAUUCAGAAACCCACGAUCCCGUAGAAGUGGCAGCAAAGAAGAUUCUAGACACAAACUCGAUGGUAGAAGAGUUCAUGUUGUUGGCCAACAUCAGCGUGGCAGAGAAACUAGCGGCCGAGUUCCCGCAGUGUGCCCUGCUGAGAAGACAUCCAGCCCCACCGCCUUCUAACUUCACCACCUUCCUCAAAGCUACUAAACAGCAGGGUUUCGAUCUAGACGUAUCAACAAACAAGGCCUUUUCUAAAUCCCUGGACGAGGCAGUGAUCCCGGGCCGGCCGUUCUUCAACACGCUACUGCGUAUAAUGGCGACCCGCUGUAUGCAGCAAGCGCAGUACUUCUCCAGUGGCAGCAAGACUUUUGAAGAGUAUUACCAUUAUGGUCUCGCCUGUCCUAUUUAUACGCAUUUCACUUCGCCUAUUAGACGUUACGCGGACGUGAUAGUCCACCGUCUGUUAGCAGCGAGCAUCGGCUGCGACAUCACCCACGCGACGCUACUCGACACGCGCGAGGCGGCCGCGCUGUGCGACAACCUCAACUACCGACACAGGCAGGCGCAGUACGCGGGACGGGCUUCUGUUACUAUGAAUACACAUAUCUUGUUCAACAAGCGCGUAGAAGUUGAGUCAGCGAGCGUGUUAGCAGUGAAACGGAACGCAGUGCAUGUCCUCAUACCAAAAUACGGACUCGAGGGACCUUUGUACCUACCAUCAGACAAAUUCACUUAUAAUGAAGAGGAGCACAUCCAAAAAUGCGGUGACGUUGUACUAAAGACAUUUGAUGAGCUGACGGUACGACUAAGCUUAGACAGCACCAACAUACAACACAGAAAAUUAGUCUUCGAACUUGUGAAGCCUCACAUACCAGGGUUCAGCGUAGAUAUUAUGGAGACCGAAGAGACCGAAGAAUCUAAAAAGGAACCCCAAGACCCCAAGAAAAGAAAGGAAGAAACGCCAGUAAAAAGUGCGAAAAAGAAAUCUAAAAAGAAAUAAACUGUUGAAUUCCUUGUUUACGUUAUAAGUAUAAAUAUAUUUUUCUACCAUU